AUGAAGGCACACCCCACACCAUCCGAACCGCGGCCGAGGGCACCCAAUAGCAGCAGUGAGCCUUCCAGCUACUGCUCAAAAGGAGACAAACCCGCAAAACCUAGCCCCAAAAAACGACCGACCACACCAGCUUCUCAACCCCUACUGCAGUCGCCAGUACCCACACACCUUUUGACGAAAGUGAUGGGCCGCCCGAUGCCGGACAAAACUCUCCACGAAAUGGAUGACGUAACUCCGGUGGAACCACUGUUAGUUCCACGAACACCACUUAUGUUUUCGAGGUACGCGAAGUAUGCCUGCGGGGAGAUGCCGUGGGGCCACACAGUGAUUGCAAGGUUGGGGCCGACCACGGGCUUUGUAUUCGACGAGUCUUCUCAGGAACGCCACGUUCUUUGCUAUAUCACAGAUGUCUGGGUACGUCCCGUGAGAUACCGGUCGCUCUAUCCAGCACUGAGGCACAACAAGCUUUCGCGAAUACUACACCAGCAGAACAGCAACGUCGGACAAACAAGGAUACCACGGAUAAUCAAUCCCAAAGCGGCACCGAACAAGUCUAAAGAUACCACUGCACAGACGUUGAUGGCUAUCUAUGAUGAACAAGGGUUCCCCCGUAUGAUGCAGUCGAAUAUGGGGUCGGAAUUCGUCAACUAA